AUGGUCGCCGACGCCCUCGUCUACCACCCUGCUCUGGCCCACUGGCUGCGCUUCGUUGCGACAACCGUCGGCCGUGACAAGCUCCUCCGAACCCUCCAAUACUUCUCCCGCUUCUACGCCUGGUACCUGUACCGCACCAACAAGCCGCAAUCGGCUAUUGACCCAUACAACGCGGUGAAGAAGCAAUUCGGCACAACGCGCAAGAUCCUCCGCAUCGGCAAGUUCGCCGAGCACCUGAAGGCCGCCUCCGUCGCCCUCGACAACAAGAGCCCCGUCGACCCGGUCCUGCGCUACCUGGCCGUCGGUCGCCAGCUCGGUUACGCCGGUUAUCUGUCCCUCGACACCAUCACCGUUGUCGACGCCAUCGGCUACCGCAAGCUCGCCUCUGUCAAGAAGCUCCAGGAAUACGCGUACCGCGCCUGGGGUGCUGGUCUGCUUUGCUCCGCUAUCGCGGGUAUCUACACUCUCGUCCGUCUGCAGGAGAAGGAGAAGACUAUCGACCGUAAGGAGGGCGAGGGUGUUGUUGAGGCUAAGAAGAUUGAGAAGGAGCGCGCUGCGGCCCGGAUACAGCUCGUUUCGGACCUGUUCGAUUUGACUAUCCCCGCUACUGCGGUUGGUGUCGCCAACUUCGAUGAUGGUAUCGUCGGUAUUGCUGGUACCGUUAGCAGUUUGAUUGGUACUUGGUCCCAGUGGCGCAAGACUGCCUAA